UGGCAAACAAAAUCCUCGGAAAACCCUCUCCACCCAGUCACCGCAGUGCAAACUCUGAUUCUUGUCAAACCUACUCUCACCGCCUUCCAGAAUGUUGGGUUUACGGGGUUCAGUUGGAGUACUCUCCGAUGUCAGUCAUCAGCUUCUCCAAAACAUAACGUUCCAUGGAAUAAAAGUGCAAUACAUUCGUGUGGGAGGUGCUGAAAUUCCAGACCACAAGCGCCUUGCAGUUUCUCUUCAGAGCAUCUUUGGAAUUGGCCGUACUAGAGCUCGCCAGAUCUUAAGCGAGCUCAAUAUAGAUAACAAACUCACUAAUGAAUUAACUGGAAAAGAACUCAUGUCUCUCCGUGAGCAUGUCUCUUCCACAUAUGUCAUUGGAGAAGAUUUGAGGCGAUGUGUCAAUGCAGACAUGACCAGAUUGAAGGUUAUUCAGUGCUAUAAAGGGAUCAGGCAUGAGGAUAAGUUGCCUUGCAGAGGACAGCACACAAAAACCAAUGCCCGGACUGCAAAGAAGGGAUUUAAUGCUGUUGUAGAGAGACAUAAAGCCUCUCCUAAGUCCUAACUAAGGCUUGUUUCUUGCUUUUAUUAUUUCAUGCUGCAGAGAACGAAUCCAACGGCAUUAAAUCAUGUUCUGGUAUAUGUAGUUGAUCAUUAAUUUCUGGUGCUGCCGAGAUGGUUGCCAUUUAUUUUUCAAGAAAAUUGUAAAAGCUGGUCAAAAUUGCCGAGGAUGGUAUGUAGUUGCUUUGGUCUCUGUGGAAGCAGCUCUGUUUGCCCUAGCGGUUUGAAUUGUAAUAAUGUUUCAAAAAGUUCAUUAUUUAAAUGAUGUUUUAUGCUA